ACAGUGAAGUGGACAGGCAGAGUGGGUCACAGACAGGGAACUGUCUCAGCUGGUGUCUCCGAGCACAUCUACCAUAUCACCUCCCGUUGAGUAGUUGGAUUGCACGCGAGCAGAGAGGAGCUGGGCGCGUGCAGACCAUCAAGCUGCUCAUUCUUAGCCCCGGACUCAUUUUCAGUCCUGCACUUGGGUCUGAGUAAACAGCACCGCCCCGAUGGUUGUUUGUUUUAAGUGUGGAGCGAUCCAUCGCACAGCGCCGGGCUCGAUUGACACUGUCUGCUGAUCUGCUACUGCGGAUUGCUCAGAAUAACAAGGCUGCUCGCUAAUUCCCGUCUAUCGGGGCUUUCGCCGAAACACCGAGAGAGUAGGGUCCACAAAAAGCCAACAAGGCAGGCAAGACCGCCGCGCCGCCGGAGUCCGCACCCCACAAUGGCUUCAGGAGACCUUUACGAGGUGGAGCGGAUCGUGGACAAGAGGCGGAACAAGAAGGGUAAGUGGGAGUACCUGAUCAGGUGGAAAGGCUAUGGAAGUAAAGAGGACACAUGGGAGCCAGAACACCACCUUCUGCACUGUGAGGAAUUUAUCGACCAGUUCAACAGCUUGAUGAGACUGCACUCACACAAACGACCAAAAGCUCCCAAAAGUCGCCAGGAGCCCAGCCAUCAGUCAGCCUCAGAAAACCCCAGAGCUCGGUCUGAAGCCAGGAAAAAGAAAAGGACUUUUGGGCCGGCUGUUGGAGUCAGAGUGGGGUCUGUUUUAGGUAUCGGUGGUGGAGGGUCAGGACCCACUCAGAAGCACAAGAAGGUGGGUGUGGGACCUGGGAAACAUGCUUUAGGAGACAGGAUAAGCAAAGCCAUGACAUACAAGGCUCCUCCUCAGGGCGGGCCUCACUUUGUCCCUCCACUGAGGGUUUCUCAUAAUGGACUCCAGAACGGAGAGAUGGAGCCUCUGGUGUACAGAUCAGCAGCGAGAUCACAUCGACCGCCCAUGGACAGAGUGGAUGGAGAACUAGGAGACAUGGAUAAUACUAAACAGCAGUUCAGCACUGAGCUAGGCUCUCCAGUGGCCAAUGGUAAGAUGCAUCUACACAGCUCAGUGAAGAGGAAGCUGGCAGAGGAAAAAGGCUACGUGUUCGACAAGCGACUCAGGUACAACGUGCGACAGAACGAGAGCAACUGUCGAUUCAGAGACAUCGUGGUCAGGAAGGAGGAGGGAUUCACACAUGUGCUGCUGUCCAGCCAAACGACAGACAACAACGCCCUGACACCAGAGAUCAUGAAGGAAGUGUGUCGAGCUCUCGGAAAUGCAGCUGCUGAUGACAGUAAAUUAUUGUUGCUCAGCUCUGUGGGGACUGUUUUCUGCAGCGGCCUGGAGCCGUCAUACCUGAUAGGACGUCUUUCCACUGACCGCAGGAAAGAGAGCAGCCGCAUCGCAGAUGCCGUACGGGACUUUGUGUUGGCAUUCAUCCACUUCAAGAAACCCAUUGUGGUGGCAAUAAACGGGCCUGCUCUGGGCUUAGGGGCCUCCAUCCUGCCGCUGUGUGAUGUGGUUUGGGCCAGUGAGAGAGCCUGGUUUCAAACUCCGUGUGCAGCCCUCCACCUCACCCCUUCUGGAUGCUCCUCUUACACCUUUCCUCAGAUCCUCGGUGUAGCUCUGGCCAAUGAGAUGCUGUUCUGUGGACGAAAACUCACGGCACAGGAAGCGUGCAGCCGAGGUCUGGUGUCACAAGUCUUCUGGCCGACCACUUUUAACCAAGAAGUCAUGCUGCGUGUGAAGGAAAUGGCUUCAUGCAGUGCAGUGGUUCUGGAAGAAUCCAAAUGCCUGGUGAGGAGUAUCGUCAUGUCAGUUCUGGAGGAAGUAAAUGAGAAAGAGUGCCAGAUGUUGAAGCAGCUCUGUUGCUCCACCAAAGGACUAGAGGCCCUCUUUAGUUACCUGCACAACAAGACGUAUGAGAAGUAAUCAUAGAUGUCCAGAUAGUUACAUUCAGAGGGUUAUUAUCCACAGAAUGACGUCCAGGGUCAAUGCGCUCCUAUCUUAAACUGAAGGAAAAAGAUGUACCCAUGCAGAGGGGUGUUCAGUUUGCUGUCAUAUAAACCAACGAUUCCUUCAUGAUCAUCUUCUGUAGUUUUUGUUGGACCUGCAGCUGUCCAGGUGUGAAUUCUUGUAGGGAGAAAGAGCGAAGGGCCGAAUGUGUGAUGCUUAAGUGAUCACUGAAGGAGGUUAUUCAGGGAGUGUUUCUGUACAUACGGGAUACUCGUGUCUGUGAAAUCAUCAGGAUGUAUGAAAUCAAUGUAUGUCUGAUAGAACAUGAUGAAUCGACAGUAAUAUAUAUUAAUAUGUAUUUAUUUUAAGAGUGUAUAGAAGAGGUUCUUUCUGUAUAAUGCAUUUGUUCAGGACUUUCUUUGGUUGCUUAUUGUUUUAAGUUGAAGUGUAAGCCAAAGUUUGCAUGAGGACACCGUUUCUCAAUCUUUACAUGCACAUUCCCACAAACUCUUAUACUUAUGUGAUCUUAUGGUUUCUCCAAUGAAAUCUCCAGAAAAAUCAAAGAAAAUCAGUUCAUUUUUUUCUACUGUUAAAGUCUUUGUUACACAGCACAGACCUAAUUUUCAGUGACUUUGCCAUCAUUAUUAUAAUCACCGUAGAUUAGCUACUGGUCCAUGAAAUGAAGAUUAAUGCUCUUAUAGGGUACUAAUGAGACCGUCUGGUGGAUAAGUUAAUUAAAUAUCAUCCUCAUACUGUCCACAUCCAUCUGUCUUUACUUCAUUUCACAUGCAAUAACACAUUUAACUUUGAUGUACACAAAUAAAGUCUCACAGAGGUUUCUUUAAAAGGAGAAUGGGUAAAAAUGCACUUAUUUUUCUUGCAAAAUAAGCAGAAAUGGAAAACACUGGAAGUCUCAUGCACAUGCUCUCACUUAAUAUAAAAAAAUGUGUCAGUUUAUGAUCAAAUGGCAUUUUGGCACAAGUACAAAAUGGCUGUAGAAGAUUGAAUGAACUGGCGGCACGGAUCACAUGGAAGGAUUAGUGGUGGAUUUGGAUCCAGUUUAGUUUGAGCUACAUAUGGUAGCCUUACAUGCAGCACUGUGUGGGGUUCUGUGUAAAACAUGCUUCCAGUUAUAAAUGCAGAUAGUUCAUGUGUGAAGUGAGUGAUUGUUUCAUUGAAAAUAAAUAUAUAUAUUGUGGCAAAACUUUUAAAGAUCUCUAUUGUGGAACAGUCAUGUAUAUGGGGUCAACUUUGUCCUUAUCUGCAUGUGAUGAUUCAAGAUUUGAAGGCAUAUUUUUAUUGUAGAUAAUAUUCAGGCAUCUAUUUUGGUUUACAAAAAAAAAUGUAGGUCUGUGAAAACUGUUUGGUAAAAAGAUAUUUGUCCAGUUUUUGCGAUCGUAAACAUGCAGCACAGAAUAAUAUAUGGAUAAUGUAGACUGUUUUGUGUAACAGCUUGCAUGUAAGAUAAUGUACAUAUUAAUGUGUCGCCUGUCUGAAUACCUUUUACUGCAAGGUAUGUUUUGUACCAACAUUGUAAGUAUUGUUAGAAAUUGUGCAGUUUAUUUUUGUAUUUAUUUGAGAUAACUGUUUGGAUGUGCAGUGCCAUGUGGUUUCCUUUGCUCCAGAAGCCCCUGACUCUUAAAAUCAGAUGAUCCCAGUUAAAUUUGGAUGAAAAGGAUAACUUAUACAUUUAUCUUUUAAAUAUAUCCAAACACUCUUUCACUUGAAUAUUUAAUUUUAAGUUAAUAAGGCAUAAUAAUGUUAAUUUUUGUUGUUAAUUAUGAAAGUGAUGCAAAUAAUUUAAAUUAUGUGAUAAUGGAUCUGACUGGCUUUAUAAGUAUGAUCAGACGAUCAAUAAAGUGACUUCUAAUGGAGAAUUUUCCUUUUCAGUCUUAUCAGACUUAGUGCUCUGUUUUGGUUUCAUCAUUAUUUUUAUCACUUUUAUUUAUAACCAUUGAAUUGUGAUUUCAGGUGGUGACUAAUAGUUUGAUUCAUUUUAUUCCAACUUCAAUUAACUAGCACACUUUGUCAUUGGCAUCACAGUUCUCCUUUAUUUUCCCUUAACCUCAAUAGAAAGUCCCUGUUUCCAAAUUUCUAGCAAUACCUCCACCUGCAGUUAAAUAAUAGUUUUUCUCCAUAAAUCCAGAGCAAAAUAACCGUGUGAUGUGUCUACUGUACAGAGUCACUGAAUGCAGAUCGUUAAUGUUCACAGAGCAUAUUCACAAAUACCUUGUAUGUUUAUUUAUUUUGAUUUGUAAUUCUACUAUGCAUUCUUAUAACCUAACAUGCAAAUUCUUUACUUCAAAAAAUGUGUCAGGUGUUUGAUCAAAAUUUCCUCCUAAGCAUGUGUUUUAAUUGCUUGAUAAUCACAUUUUAAAGUCAUAAAAAUGACCCCUUUAAUUCCAUUAUUUAUUAAAAAGUGUUUUGACAAUUUUAUUUAAAUAAAAUGAAACCAUCAUUUGUUCCUUGUAUGUGUGCAUUUUCAUGAUUUAUAUCCCAGCAUUGUCUCAUAGCACACCUUAGGGUGCCUUACAGUCCAAAUAUCUGUCAGAGAUGGAUCCGUAUGUUGUGAUGGGUAGAGUAAGCUGCUUCAAAUAAACAAACUGUA